UUUAGCGCCCGCCACGCCGCCGUUGGCUCUGCCGUCAACCCUGUGAGUGCAUUGAACCCCGCCAAGGGAGGCCGCGCUUUGCGGUUUUUUUGCGGCGCGCAUGUUUCAUGUUGUAAGAAAUGCUGUGACCCUAGCUGCGUCAUGUCCACGGCACCUCGCUUAAGCUGCCUCAUCGUCUUGAGCGGCUCUAAGGACGGAAACUCGGCCCCUUCGUUUAUACAGACGUUUACGCUACUGCACAGCACUUUCACGGUCCAAAUAGCCACGCCAGGGGGGCGUCCCUUGGAGUUUGUCAACCAGGAUGAUCAAAGUCGACGUUGGCUGAAUGACUUUCGCAUGAAAGUGUUUGCAAUCCCUAUUGGACUUCACACUGUGGACCCCAAUCGGUACUCGUGCCUGAUUUUGCCGCACAGUCCAGGAGCAGUCCAUGACCUCUGCGAGAACAAAGACCUCUGUCAGAUCCUCAGGCACUUCAUACAGGAGAAAAAGCCAAUCUGUGCCAUCGGCAUGGGAGUCGCCGGGCUAUUCUCAGCCAUGGAGGACUCUGAUGUCUGGAGCUUCCGCAGGUGCACCUUGACAGCGGUCUCCGUGUUUGAGCUUGCCCGCAGCCCCGACUUUGCUAACCUUCCUGUGAUCCCCGAAGACGUCAUCAAGGAUCGAGGAGCCCUGUACAGCUCGAGUGACCCCGACGAAGUUCACGUGGUGGUGGACCGGCACCUAGUGACAGGCCAGAACGAGCAGUCCACGCUGACCGCGGUGCAGAACCUGGUGCUGCUGUGCAAUCAGAAGCAGGCAGCCACACGCAAGGAGCGGCAUCAGUGAUGUCCUCACUUGCUGUACCUACUUCGCCUCUAUCUUUCUCUCGAUCCCCCACUUUUAAAAAAAAGUCGUUCUUAUCACAUGGAUUAUGUACAGUUGCCCAGCAAUUGAUUGUGUUGUGAAAUCUAAGACCAGGAAUUUAUAUUAAAAAUUGAGCGCAUCUGUUUUGCUGGGUCUAGCUGUACAUGAGCUUCGAGUCGAGAGUUGAAUGGAUUGUGCAGUAUAAGCACACGCUUUUUCGUGUGCUCAAAUCAGGCCCAUUCUCAUCGCAGAAGUGACUGAUUGCAUAUGGGCGUCAUAACUUAAUGGAAAACGCCUUGAUGUUGUGUGAAAGCAAGAACAGCAGGUAACUUGUAGAACAGGCUUGCUUGUUGAGCCUGGAGGUGGCUGGCACAUUAUUUGCCUCGUUUUUUCUACCUUUCUUUUUUGGCACUGUAAGCAGCAUUACGUGGCAGAAAUGGACAGAAGGGCUUAGGACACGCCAGUGACAACGUAAAAUGGGGGCGGGUGCUCUUUUGGAUGCGCCUCUAUUCUGUCUUGUAACUUCGUGCGGUGCAAAAGGAAGGCUAGGAAUCGUUUCAGCCAAUCAGUGGUGACAGCCAGUUCAUUCUAAGAAAGGAGGAGGGCUCAGCUGUUGUGUGCUACAAAUAUUUUUGAUGGAGCAGCAAUGGUUGUGCAGGACACGAGAGGCAGAAGAACAGACGAGCCCUUCUCUUUGCUCUGCAUUCUAUUUGACUGGCUUUACCUUUCUGGUUUACUGCAUCGAGCUCACAAGGUGAUCUAUGGAGUCCUAGGAACUUUUGUUCACUACAGUACUCUGAGAGUGGUGUGUCCACAUAGCUGCAUGCAGUUCCCAUUCAGCAAUUUUAUCCUUGCAUUUUAAUCACUGCCCACUUUUCUUUGAGUAUGGCGAACCGUUAGAGACGGUACUUUGCUUGUGCUGAUUAAGUGCUGAAGCUUCGUCUCCACCUGUGCUCUGUUUUUUCUGUCCAGUUACCGUACGCUUCUCAUGUCGUUCCCUCUUUCAUUUUUUCCAUGUCAUUGUAUACCCCGUAGUGUCGUCCCUUUGUUCCCGACUGUUUGUACAUGCAAAGUGCACUAAUAUAUUUUUUUACAACCCUACCCCCUCCUACGAGCGUGCUGAAUCGUUUAUGUGUAGGAAUAACUCGGUUGCAGUUCUUCAUUGUCUGUCCUGUCUUUACAGCGUUGCUGCAGAUGCUUGCAUUGAUUGCAUCAAGAUGAAUUGAAGCAGAAAAUUAAAGAUUAUGGCCUGAAGUGCCCUGUACGUAU